UAUGCUGGGAUUCUGCGGGAACGGGGAGGUUGCACAACGCCAUCUUUAAACCCCACAAGAGGCCAGCUACACACCGGGAUGAAAAACACCGUCCGCCCGGCAGCACAGCCCCUCACCCCGUGGAGAUAGUGUGAUCGCACCCCGGUUGAAUCAGUAACAAGUUACCACCCGGGGGUACUGUAAGGAGACGGUGACGGGACGCCGCGGAAACCUUGAGCUGUGUGUUCCCACCUACAGACAACAACAAUAGACGGGACGACAACAACAACGGACUAGCCCCGCUAGCUCGCAUGCUAACUGAAGGCUAGCUAGCGUUAGCAACUUCACCCAGCAACUCGCUGAAAUCCGCCCGGACGUUUGUUCAUAUCUGGUACUGAGUGUCCAUCUGCAUCUAUCUGGCCGGUGUGCCAUUAAUUCACCACAUUUUAACCAAUUCUCUCCACACGUUUUUGUUGUUUUGUUUUUUUGCCUGGCUGCUUUUAAGCUAACGUUAGCUACAAAAGCUAAGUCCCGACUUCUCCCCCUCCCCAGCGGCCCGGCCGGAGAUGCGUGGAAGAUGUCGGUGUCGGGGCUGAAGGCCGAGCUGAAGUUUUUGGAGUCCAUUUUUGAUCCCAACCACGAACGCUUCAGGAUCAUCGACUGGAAGCCCGACGAGCUGAGCUGCCAGUUCAACGUAACUGGGGAGAAGCUGUUGAUUAUCCACUGUAACAUCACGGAGUCUUAUCCAUCUACGCCGCCAAUAUGGUUUGUGGACUCUGAUGACCCGAGCUUGACGCAAGUUUUGGAGAGAUUGGAAGAUGUGAGGAAAGGCAGCACUCUGCUUUUGCAGCAGUUGAAGAAACUCAUUUGUGAUCUUUGUCGGCUGUACAACCUUCCCCAACAUCCAGAUGUGGAGAUGCUGGACCAGCCCCUGCCAGCAGGUCCUGUGGGACAAGACCGAAAGCAUGGAACGGAGGAGGUCACAUCUGAAGAAGAAGAGGAAGAGGAGAUGGGAGAGGACAUAGAGGAUCUGGACCACUAUGAAAUGAAAGAGGAGGAGCCUGUGGAUGGGAAGAAAUCUGAGGAUGAUGGCAUCGAGAAGGAGAAUUUGGCCAUCCUGGAGAAAAUCCGAAAGAACCAGAGGCAGGACCACUUAAAUGGAGCUGUGUCUGGUUCAGUUCAAGCCUCUGACCGCCUGAUGAAGGAGCUAAGAGAGAUCUACAGGUCUCAGAGUUACAAGACAGGCAUCUAUUCAGUCGAGCUUGUUAACGACAGCCUGUAUGAAUGGCACGUCAAACUAAGGACGGUGGAUCCAGAUAGCCCCUUACACAGCGAUUUACAAGUCCUAAAGGAAAAGGAAGGGAUGGAUUACAUUUUGCUAGACUUCUCAUAUAAAGAUAAUUUCCCCUUUGAUCCACCUUUUGUCCGGGUGGUUUCGCCUGUGCUUUCUGGAGGUUAUGUUCUUGGAGGAGGUGCCCUGUGCAUGGAACUUCUCACCAAACAGGGUUGGAGCAGUGCCUAUUCCAUUGAAUCUGUCAUCAUGCAGAUCAAUGCCACUUUAGUCAAGGGAAAAGCCAGAGUGCAGUUUGGAGCCAAUAAAAACCAGUACAAUCUUGCCCGAGCACAGCAGUCCUACAAAUCCCUGGUUCAGAUCCACGAAAAGAACGGCUGGUACACACCCCCCAAGGAAGACGGCUAAAACAGACUCCUGCCUUUCCUGCACUGGAACCACAUGUCUUUGAUUUAUUUUUUUCUCCUUGCGACCAAUAAUUAUUAUUUUUUUACCCUGCGACCCAUUUGGCUCUCUACAUGAGAGUUUGAACUCUAAACCAAAUUUCCUCAUUCAGUGCCCACCCAUAAACUAGCACACAGACACACAGACACACAGACACACACACACCCCCACACACACACACACACACCCCCCACCAACCUGAAAUCUACAUCCAAGCUCAUCAGCUACUCGCAAUGGUGUCCUCUCCACAAUAUUUAUCUCUGUACAUCUGUUGUCUGAUACAAUCUAAUUUUUUUUCCAUUGCGACAUUCAUCCCAUACUCCAGGAAAACGAUGGACUAAAUGUCGCACACUCACCCUUUUUGUUUUUUGGCGUUAAGCAUGCCAAGGUUUUCUUGCUGGCUGUGAGUUGAAAGGUGCAGCAUGACUUUAUCCGGCAGCAGUGGCAGUCUGAUCCUCCAGUCGCCGGACACUGGCUCUCUGGCCGCAGACUGGAUCCCUCAUAUGAUGCACAGUGGUGGCUGGUGGUGGAAGAACCACUAACUUGUCUCUCCAUGGACGUCCUCUGUAAUAUUGUGCUCAUGUAUUAUCUUUGCAAUGCCAAGAUCCGUCAUCUGGAAUAACAUGCUUUCCGGGGCUAGCUUGCUUUCAAACCUCUUUUUCUUUUAAAGCUCGAAGCCCCGAGGUCGGGACAAAGAUAAAGAGACUUUUGCAGCCUAGGUGGGACAGCACAUAAUGAAGAACAGCAUCUUGCUGAGCUCCAAAGAUGGAGACCAGUGUUGUCAUCACAACCAGCAACUGGACAACUCCCCUGCAGGAGAGGUUUGGUGUGUUGGCAACCCAAGAAACAUGACCAGGCAAAGCUUGGGGGCGUGUUUGGUUUGGAUCACACUGUAAUGUAGUUGAUUUUAACUUCACGUGUAAACAUGUAAAUUUGUAUUUCUGCAAAAGGAUUUAAUUGUUUAUAAUGUAACUUUGUCUGGGUCUUUGGCUGGGCGAAGACUGUAUUACUAUAUACCCUUGACUAUUAACAGCAGGGGCACUGCAACUUCUCAAGACCCAUUUAGAAUAAGAAAAAGUUGCUUCAUGGAUACUCUUUGCAGAAGGAAACAAAAGUACACCGUGUUCUUAUGUAAGCUUAAUGACUACUGCGGUUUUUUUUUUGGUUUUUUUUGUUUCUUUUUUAAAAAAAUAUUGAUUUGUAAUCCUCAUGUUAUUGGAAACAUCGACAGUACCAUUCCCCCCCCCUUUUUUUGACAGCACCUCUUAACUACAACGGCUGUAACAAUAAUGGCAUAGACACAGCUGUUCCUGGCAUUCCAGAGGGUUUGGCUAUUCAUAUCUAAUCACUCAAACCGGAUGAACCUCAGUAAGGCUAUGCAGUGAAGAGACCGUUGUGGAGUUUUGUUGUACUGAGGAAAAUUAGUCUUAUCGGCGUAGUCACCUGCUUAGUUUUCUCGUAGCUGGUUCACAUCCUGAGCACUUUGCCAAUCCUGCAGUUGUAACAGUCUGGGGGAAAAAAAAAAAAAAAAAAAAAAGUGACCUUUUUACCUUCUGACUUUUCCUUGACCUCACGGCUGGUUUUAAAACGCAGCCCUGAGUUUUCAAAAUUCACAGCAAUAGUCUCGAAACCCAUAUACCUAACCGGCUUCACACCUGGGAAAGAUCGACUGGAGUCUGUUCAGUUCCCAGAAUAUUUGUGUGGGUUUGAUAAAUAUUUGUUCAGAUUUGCCACAGGAGGGACCCAGCUCUUCCCAUCACCAACCUCUCUGGUUACUAUUCAUAACCACUCUCAGUGCCGCUGUACCCCUCAGCGCGCUGGGUCCUUUGAUGUAAUGUGAAUAAUAUGCAGAAAACUGUGCGGAGCAUUCCAAUUAAUGCAGUUACACGUUUGUUGUGGGUGUUCUAUUGUGUGGUUACUUGCAUUGUUUUAAGUAUAUUGUCCUGAAAAACCAGCAUAGAAAGCUUAGUUAUGCUAAUUCAUACAUUCAUUCCUUUUUUUUUUUUUUUUUUUUUUUUAAGUUGAUUUAGAAAUUUCCUCAGUGAUACUGACCUCAGUCACAACAACCAAUAUUUUCCAAACCGGUACAGAUGGGUAUAAAUCAUACAGCCUGCUCAUAUUCAGCACACGUCUGACGUUUGUUUAGACUCGCAGGAUGUCCAUAACAAGUGUCACCUUCCUUUUUAGUCUUUCACCACAAGCAAAAACCCCCAACAUGACUACAAAUCAUUGGCAUGGUUGUUAGCUGUUGUGAUGCCAUCGGUAAUGUACUGAUCACUUCAUUCUGGUCACUUUGUCGAGCCCCACCCCUGCAUUCUCUGGAGAAGUAAACUCAGGAAUACAUACCGCACACUCGACUUUGCUAAGGAUUGCUUCGGAAUAUCGUCAUGAAGUGCAAGAUUGAAUGUGUCAAACCUUUUUUGGGGGGCCAUUUAAAAAAACAAAACGGAAAAAAACCCGACAUACCAAAAGGCAUCGCAGUAUGUUUUGCUGUCGAAUUCUGAAUACCUUUUUGAGGGUUUAAAACAAUAUUAAACAAGUUCUUUGGAAUCAGAUGUGGAGCAGGGUGUUUGCGCCCGCCCUCGGAUUAAUCUGCACUUGAGCGGUUCAGAACACAUCUACCCUGUCUCUUUGAUAUUGCUGUAUUCUGCAUGUCAAUAUAUCAAUGGGUGUUCUUCACCGAGCUACUGAAGACAAAGCGUGGUCGGGUAGGGUGAUUUAAAAAAAAAAAAAAAAAAAGACUAGAUGUAUCGGUUGUUCAUUAAUUGUUUACUUGUGGUUCCCUACAUCAGUGCACAGGGUGGGUUCUCCCUGUGUGCCGCUUAUUUAACCAGGUCAGAUACUAGGAGAGAAGCAUGGACUUAACACGACAUCCUACCUGCUCGGAUUACCUUUAAAGAUGCGAAGGAUUCCCAACAAAAGUAGCAGUUUCCGAUUUGUGUGCCAUCAGAACAAUAGUCAACCCACAUCUUUAACCUGACCCUUUGGACUAGUGGUGUACUCAAGACUUUUCCUCAACACCAACUAACAAAAACCUUCUCCGCUUUGGCGAGCGACAUAUUGGUCUGAGGUCUGAAUUGGCCUGAUCCUGGGUUCUUUACCUUGCUUCAUUAACUGCAGUGGCGGGGUUAUAAAGUUAUGCACUGUUAGCAUGCUUUGGUUUGGUUUCAUUUUUUCCAUUGCAAGGGUGAUUUUGACCAUGUAAAGUAAUUUGUAAACUUGCAUCAAGUUUAUAAAUAAAGAAUUUUAUGAAAUAUCACUUUAUUCUGUUCUAAUGAGGUGUGUAAAAAAACAAAAAAAAAAACUAUUUGUUUCCUGGAAGAGUAAUCCAUCCAAAACCUCCAUGCCAUUGAAUGAAAAUGUAUCACCAACAAAUAACAAUUAAACGUAUUG